CCGCCAUAUGUACGCUGUCAUUGUACUGUCAUUGUGACAAAGUGUCAUGUAUACAAACAAGUUUUCAGACGAUGUAGAUUGGUGGAUGUAGUUUAGAUGCAAAAAUGCUACCGAACGCAUCUUUAACAUCGAUAGUAAAUGAAGAAAUAAGUUUGGAAGGUCUUGAAGGCAGUACGCUAGAUUCACUAUGGAACCACAUAGCAUUGCGGAUGAAACUGUCGAUGCCAUUGCCCCCAAAGCUGAUGGCAUCGAUCUGGACGAUGGUUUUGCGUAAUACGGAAUUUGAGUUUUAUCUGUUGCUAAGCGAAAGAAAACCAUUCGCACACUUUAACCGGCUGGGCAAUCUUGAUCCGGAAAAUGGUAUCGCCGUGCAGCCGAGCGAAUUUCCGGGCCAUCGGUUUGCGUACCGUUUGGUGGAAGCGAAUGGUAUCCGAGGAUCGUGCGAAGAAUACGACACACGAACAUUGAUUCCGCGGGACGAGUUGCGUAAAAUCAGCUGCAUUGAUGCGGAGCUAAGAUAUGGUCGGAAAUUUGUCAUCGUAGCAUCGCAGCGUAUGCGCGAAUCAUUUUUAAUCAUUCCGAACUGUACGGCCGAACUGACUGGUAUGCAGUACUGCAUACUCGAAUGGAUCGGUCGUUCCCGGUUCCAUGGGGAAACAUCGCACGGCAAGUACUCAUUGGUGGAGAUUUCCGGCGAUUCAAGCUCACUGUUUUACCACCGUAAGGUUCUCAGUUCCGCAAAGCUGAUCACGCGCCAGAACCUCUCGAUCCGUAUAGAUGAUGUCAGCAUUCAGGGGAUGGUAUUUCAUCUGCCGCGUUACUACACGGAGAUGAAAACGAAGCAAUUGCUUAUCGUGGAACGGGUCGUUAGCGAGCUCAAGAAACGUGAACACUAUAUGGCGGAUUACGAAGAAAUUAAGCUGAUGGUGCUGAAUAAAUCAGACGCUGGCAAAUUGUUUCGCUCGCCCGAAUUUCAGCGCUUCAUCAAAACGGACGAGACGGUUUCGUUUCGUACGCUGUACCCGAAUGCACCGCCAAGCUCGUACCUAACAAAGCGAGGUGAAGAAAAGAUGAUACGCGUGAUGCGAUUAAUCGACCCAAAGGCGGACGUGUACGAUAUGUGGAGCCGUGAAGCGGCCGACGAAGGUGGAACUGAUACGAAAGAAGGUUUUCUAGCCAGCGCCGAUAGUAAAGCGCUUUACGUUGACAUACCACUGCUACAGCUGGCGUAUAACGUGAUUGCAGAACAAGGUGGAAAAGGAAUAUCACAAUCGGAAAUGGCCCAGGAGCUGGGAUUGGAUAAGUUAAACGCGCGUGCUGUUGUGAAAAAUAUGACCAAGCUCAAAAGCAUCGAAAGCAUGGCCGUAGACGAGGGCAGACAGCGAACUUCCAAAUUUUUCAUACCCGGCAGCUCACAACGGUCGGCCUUAUUUGAGAAGGAAAUGUCCCAAUACGUAACGAACCAGAUGAGUUUGAUGGAAAGCCGACAGCAAAUCAAAAGCGAACCGGAAGAAGAACCUGUCGAGCACAGUGCACCCGAAAUCGUUGCCGGCAUGAGCUUUUCCACUGAAACUACAGCGUUCAUUAGGGAAUGCUCUUCCCCAACGUUAAUAGCGAACGCGUUCGAUAACACAGUGCACGAUAACUUCACCACCGAAGUGGUUUUGUCCGACCAAAUGUUGCUGAAAAAAUCUGCCAAAAGCGUUUCAUCGAAAGUGCACAAGAAGCCAAUCAGCGAGCUGAUGUUGCGACGUUGCAACUUCAUCAUGGAGCUGGUGAAGCAAGACGAAGCAAUCGAACCACGGUCGAUUUUAAAAAGUUUGAAACUGGCAGAGCUGGCAGUCGGCAAUCAGUAUACGGCCUGCAACAAAUCGUUAAUGCGUCUGAUCGCUCGACUUGCUGCCGACAAGCUGGUGCAGAUCGCAAACGUAACACUGAAGCGCGAGGAUCGCGAAUUUCGUCUCGUCUACAUUUGCGAUCCCAAAAUAACGGCCGAUCAUCCCGGACUACUGUCGAAGCUGGCUAUGGCGAAGUCGAGAAUCGUGCUGCAGCAAACGCAAACCACGGCUACCGAUCAGGAGUCAGCGGUGCGUGCACCGGAGGAACUUCGUGGAUACCAUGGUUGUUUGCCAAAGUGUCCGCGCAUGAAGCUAUAUCACGAAUAUCUAUUCUAUACGGCGCACGUUCAGCCAAGGGAUGCCCGCGAGCUGGACAUAAACGAUCUGGAAUCGAUCAAUCUGCACGGUAUAGAUUUGAACGAAAUAUCCCCUAUAUACAGUGAUACGAACGAUUGGCGAAUGUUUAUUCCACCACUGAAUUUGUACGACGGGUACGGUGUCGGUUGGGUGUUACUGACCGAUGUGGUCGUACGUAUGCCAAUGUUUGUCUUUUGCUCGAUCUGUUCGUACUCCUUUUACACACCGGCGCUCGAUUACUAUCUGAACCAUCCGAUACGGAAGUACACGCUACUGAAGGAUCUACCGGAUGCGGUACGGAUGCAGCUGUUACAGAGACGUCGCUACAUAUACGCGAUUCUGGACAUUACGAAACUGUUGUGUUACGCGGGCCUUCUGCAGAUGGGGCCUCAGUUGCGCAAAACACGCGAUCAAACGUACGUGUAUUUGAACCAAAAUGCUUGCCUGCUGAAUACGACCGGGUCGAAGGACAGCUACCAUGAAAUUGAGGCACGCAAAUAUCCGACGAUACAGUUCCGCCUAGAAACGAUGGACGACGUGCAGGAGUACUGGGAGCGGUUGUAUGAAAUAGCGAUUUCAACGCGAUUAAACUCGCGCAACACAGCCAUCGGACGGGUAGUGUUUGUGCAGCAGCUAAAUGCAAAAGCCGCCAUGGUGGAUGCACUUCGCGUACAAACGGAAGAAACGGUCCGGCUCAAUGAUUUGCCCGGUCAGUUGCCGCACGGAGAUGCAAAGGGUGCUGCCGGCUUUGAUACAGCUAUGUUUAUGCAUCUCAAAACGAACUGGCAGAAGAUAAUGAACACCUCCGACUAUCGGCACCGGCUCGACAAACACCGGUUGAAGAUCGUUCGACGAUCGGUAAAGAUGAAGAAAAAGCAGGCUGAAGGGGCCGCCGGCACAGCAAACAGCGGCACUGCCGCAGAUCAAACAAAUUCACCUGGCGUUAUUUUGACGGUAGCACGGAAAAUGCGCAAAAAUCAAAUCCGGAAGCGCGUCAUUAAGCCGCGCAAACAAUCGCAGCGGUUUCAGCGCCAGUGCUACGACGAGGUAGACAGAACGGCACUGAGAUCGAUGAUAAACUUGCGCGUUAAGUGGACACGGGCCGAGGAUCAAAUACUGGUGCUGUGCCGCGUCGCGCAAUUGUACAUGUUUCCCAGCCUAACCAUAAGCUGCCCGAUCAAUUCGACCAUCUUCCGGGAUGUGCUGCAUUGGGCGAAUGUGCGUUCCGUAAACAAAACAUCACGUGCCUGCCAAAGGCGUGUGCUGUAUAUGGUGAAGAAAGUGCCUGGAGUGGCGGACACUAUACGGACCUGCCUGGAAGAAGCGAAGCAGAAUGCGUUAAUCACGGAACGCUUUGGGCCGGGAUUUGCUCAAAAGUUGCGCGAACGAUUCGAGGAUGUCGAAGAUUAUAUGGUGGCCGUUCGUAUCCAUUUCGUGCAGUUGGUGCACAUGGUCCGACAGCUCUGUUCCAAUAUGGUACGGGGUAAUGAUAAUGGCAGUGGAUAUGUAAUGCCACGGGCACAAAGACGUACGGAGGCACCGCGCAAGACCACGCUUCGCAUUCCAGCCACUAUCGAUGAGCUGUACCGGAAGUUCAACGUAACCGAUACGAGUAGUAUCGGGAAGCAACUAAACUAUGGCACAGAUCCAACCACCUUACAGGAACUGCAAAUGUACAAGCUAACCAUUCUCAUGCACAGCGCCGUUACUUACGGACGUACGACCGAGCCACUGCAGAACGUGUAUCGUGAAUACUCGGAAAGCAUCUUGACCGGUGCGAUGCGUCUGAUGCGUAAUUACCAUCUAGUUUCGCUAAAUAAGAAGCUGAAGGGCGUUGGAACGAAAUUGCUCGUAACGCACACAUCAACGGCGGAGGAUCGCGAGCUGUACCACGUGUCGAUACAUUACCAGCAGCAGCUAAUGACAUCGCUUUCGUUCGAUUUGUUUUUGCCCAUUUUUGGCCAGUACAUGCAGCUGCUCGAUCGGGUACGGUACGACGAGAUGUACGCGUACGAUGACGAAGCGCAGGGUUUGGUAUUGCUGCUCAGCGAACUGCUCGCUACCGGGCGGGUCGACGUGCAGAUCGAUCAAGAAGCUAACUACAUUGGGGUGCGUGCAGACACGAAGGAAAAGGUCCCAUUUUACUCGGAUGUGUUGAAUCCUUUAGCCGAACAGGAAACCGGAUCGGGACAGGAGGAAGCGAGCGGCUCCAAAAAAAUGUCUCCCAAACCGGUCCCCUUUAAAACGCCCAUCGAGCGGAGUAAACCAGCAUCAAACAAACUUCGGUUUUCCUCACAAAAAGAUUGCACCUUCCAGUACGUAUCGCAUCCGGUGGAAAAGUUACUAAAGUUACCAAUAGAAUACUUUCACUUUUUCUGCCUGCUGGAGCAACUGCAAGUGUCGGAUCGGCGUUUGAUUGUACAGACGUUUAAGAUCGACGAUACGCAGCCGGUAAACUGUUCGCUACCCAACUGUGUCUGCGCCUCGUCCACCAAAGCUGGUGGAUCGCGAAAUGUCGAUCUUGUCGGGCGUUGUCUAUCGAUGGUACGCGGACGAGAGGAUCUGUUGGCGCGCAUUAAGCAACAUGCGACGGAUCGAUCGCAUCGAAAGAACCGAGUCGAUGUUUCGAUGAUGUUCGAAAUUCGCGAGGAGAAUUUGCUACUGUUCUUCGUCAGAUACAUCGUAGAGUUUCAGCAGCGCUGGAUCGAAAAGCAAAAGCGUGACGUGAAUCGGCAGAACCGGUCAAUGCAGGGACUCGAUCGAAGUACGAUCAAUAUGGUAGAAUUAAUUGACGAAUGUCUACACUUUGAUGGUGAAUUUCCCGAGUACAAUUGGCUCGAUCGGUACGAGAUGUCCAACGUGGUUGAGGAUGAGGAUGUCGGUGAAACAGAACAGGGUGACGACCGUACGUACGACAAUCUGCGAGCGCUAAGCGAGAAGGUGUUUAAGCUACACAACUUCUAUGAAGUCAUGCUGAUGAAGGUGCACAUACGCCUGAGAACAACAUCAUUGAUCGACAAGUUCGGUGCAAAUGCUCUUGCCGAUCGAGAGCCGUACGGUCAGUGGAAUGUGCCACGCUGCUUCCUGCCGGACGGUGCAAAGCGUCGCCGUGAUCUGCUAGUGAAGCUUACAAGCGAUGCUGUGUGGCCCACGAUGGAGCAACUCGAACGGCCUCUGCACGAAGCGAUGUCGGUAAUCGAACGGAAUGCUAAUGCGAGUGCGCUGCUUGCGUACAUUGAGUCGAAACAGAAGCUCGGUGCGAGUGUGCUUGAUCUGGCGCUAAACUUUCCAAACCACGCGCAAUUGAAGCAGCUUUUGCAGGUACUGUGUGGCUUUAAGCUGCUACUGCGUACCGGUUUCCGUACCAUUACCUAUGUUCACUGGCAGUUUGUCGAAGAGUGGCUUACGAAGGCACCGGUGCCGGAAGUUAAGGAACACCCGGAAGAUCAACCGUCCAGUUCGGUACCGGUAGCAGCAGAGACGAGCAAAGGCAACAAGCGAAAGGGUGCCGCACUGUUGGAUGCAGAACAGAGCAGUGCCAAGCGGGCGAAAGGAAAUACAGCGGCAGUGAACCGCCAGGAUAAUUCGGAUAGCAAAACCCCUGCGAGAAAGAAUCAACGAAAGUAUAUGCUGUUGGCGAUGGCACCCUGGAUAAGAAUUGAUGGUCUAAUUAACAAGCGUUUGCUGUUCCGUUGGCUAACUUCAAUAUUGCUCUACUGUGUGGCUCAUCCGGGCGUACCGCUGAAUGUCCUUUCCGUGCGAUUUAACAUGAUGCCCCCGUUUCAUUUGAGACAGCUGUUGGAGAUGCUGCAAAAUUACGGUUGCAUUAGUCUGCAUUCAAUGGAAUGCACAGUAAAGAAAACGAUUUUCACCGUUUACUCGUCAGUGACUGUUGUACCGGCGACGGAGUUUCUGCCCGACGAACAAACCUACGUAGACGUCGCACCGGAUGCGCUGAGUACGCUUUCGCUUUGCAUUGGUGAAAAUCGCAAGUACGGUCAAGAUAUUUACGAUCCGAUGAGAAAAAAUCCGUAAGCUUAAUUAGGUAUGUGUAUUUAAUUUUAAAAUAAUAAAAAUAGCUAAAACAUGAUUGAUCAAGCAGUAGAAUAAUAAAUGUUUGAUUGAAGGAUAAAUCGAGUCUUUAAU